CUUUGGUCAAUCUGCCUGAAUUUAGUGAGUUUUGUAUAUUUUAUAUUUAAAUAGUGCAGAAAUAGAAGAAUUUUUAAGUAUACCGUGUAUGGCCACACCAAUAGACCUGGGGGACCUGGAUUGGACAACAGAGCUCAUGCAGGUCCAGGAACAACAGCCGCAGGAACCCAUGCAGGUCCAGGGACACCAGCCACAGGAACCCACGCAGUUCCAGGGACAACAGCCGUAUGAACCCGUACAGGGUCCCGCAAAGCCACAAACACAGAAACCAAAAUGGGUUGCCCCGGUAGGGCCAGUUUUGCUUAAAAAAGUGGAAGGAGAAAAUGUGUCACUCCCAUUCCAACAAACAGACAGAUUUGAUCAUUUAGAAGCAGCGAUUAGGGGGAGACCAAAACAAUCCUUACCGGAAGAAACUGGGAAAGAAAUUAAAUUAUUAAAGGAGUAAAUUAGCAGUAUCAUCCAUAUGGUUGAUGCUUUACAGGUGAUGAAUGAAAAUACCCAGAAAAGGAUGAGAGUGCUGGAAGCGAUUUAAAGGCGAUUAAAAAAUAAUUAAUGUUUUCAAAUCACCUGUAAAGGAUCAGCUGUAUAUUUAAUACUUUUCAUGUACAUAUUUAUGAGCCGCGUCACGACAAACCCAACAUAAUGGGUUUGCGACCAGCAUGGAUCCAGACCAGCCUGCGCAUCUGCGCAGUCUGAUCAGGAUCCAUGCUGUUCGCUUACCAACCCUAUUACAAGAAGAGAAACUGAUAGCGAACAGCAUGGA